AAUUUAGUGGCAUGUUCGCAUCUUGUUUCCUACCAUAACCACCGCCAAAGAACCACACGCGAACAUACCUUUGCACCACUACAAUGGCCGACAACGAGAAAGACAUGCUGUUCGGCCGCAAUCGCCAAUCUGUUGAAGAUAUAGAGGCGAACCUGCAGGAGAUCUACUGGCAGCAGCCGGGCGCGUACCUCGAUGCUUCGGGCCAACCCUGCAUCAAUGCGGAUAACCUAGUCGACGUUAUUCGCGAGUUCUCGCGCCGGUACGGCGGCGAGGACCUGAUGAGCGACUUCGAAAUCCAGUCCCUGCAGCAGCUCCUCGAAGCGCACCCCAAUCUCACCUGCACGCCCGCGACCCUCAUCAUGUUCGUCGCGCACAAGGUGGGGCCGAGGAGCCAGCGAGAAAGCACGGGGGAGGAUGCGGAGGAAGAGGAGGAGCGCGGGCGCACAGCGGAGCUCAUCGAGGGCGCGUCUAGCGAUCGGUCCAGCAGCAACGAGUCGACGGGGACCCGGCGCGCCACUUCGCGUCCCCCGGCCCCGCCGCCGCCGCAGACGCCCGUGGCAGCGCGCCCGAGCGUGUUCGACCGCCGCCAGCGCUCGACGCCCAUCGCGCAGGCGAAUCCCCCAAGCAGCUUUUCGCACCGCAGGCCCAUGCCGGCGUCUAGGCGCAGGAGCAUUGAUGGCGCCACGAGCGACUCUGAGCGGAGCGGACUCUCUGCAUCGACCGGCAGGCGCCGCGCCCCAUCCAACCCACCCGACCCCUCCUCCUCGACCUCGCCGCCCAAGACGUUCUCCCGUCCCCAUUCACGCACCGCGUCCCAGCCCCACCCCGACUACACGCCUACCCAGGUCUUCUCUGCCCCUGUCCGCCGCAAUGGUCACAGCCACUCGUCGUCCGAAGACGAGUCAUUCCCCCGAAGCCGCUCCUCGCCCAGUCCGCCACCUCGAAGCCCCAGCCCGAACAGUGACAGCGGGAGCAACAGUGAUGAGGACGGCGAUAGCAGCCUCAUCCGAGAGUACCACAGCAAUCGCACGCUCAGCAUGGCGAGCAUCGACUCCGAGUCGCGCGAGGAGGUCCUGAGCCGAACGCUCACUGAGACGCAGCGCAAGCUGCAGGAAGCGGAAGCGUCGUACCAGCGCAAGAUCUCCGAGAACGAGUCGGAUAUUGAUGAGCUGCAAACGCGUCUCCAGGAUAUGCGUGCGGACCUCAACAACAUGCGGCGUCAGGAGAAGGAGCUGAAGACGAAGGAGAGCCAGAACCACAUCCAGAUUCAGGCGUUGGAGGCAGAGGUCGCGCGGCUGCAGAAGUCACUGGAAGCCGUCAAGAACCAGGCUAACGACCUUCGCGAGAAGUGGCAAGACCAGAUACAAAUUGCUGACCGGUAUCGCGAUGAUCUCCGGCAGCGCGAGAAGGACGUCGCCGAGCUGCAAGAGCACCUCGCGGGGCACCAGCAGGAGGCAGAGAAACACACCGUCGUCAUCGCCAGCUACGAAGAACGCCUUGUGGCUAUGCAGGAGUUAGUCGAGCAGCUCCGGCAGGCGCAGGAGGAGCUUAUCGGGCAGAAGAACGAGAACAUGGCGCUGAAGGAGACCAUCGACCGCAUGCGGUUUGAGAUGGACGAGCUGCGCGCGUCGCAGCCCAGCGGGCUGCUCAUGGAUCCCGCGACCAAGGCUAUCGGCAGGCCGCCGAGCGAGAGGGGCAGCGUUGGCAAGAGCUUGGGCGCGGAGAUGCUCGGGAAGAUGAAGUUUGGGUACCGCGGCGCUGGGGAGGAUGACGGUGAAGAGCACGAAGACGACAGCGAAGAUGGCAACACGACCAUCGAGGAGGAGACCGUCGUUGAGAGCAGCGACGACGAGUUCCAGACCGAGACCAUCGUCACGAGGAGGAAGAGGGUUAAGAAGGGUGGCAAGACCGAGCAGAUCAUCGAGAAGAGCUACUGCGACAACGGUGUGCAGCACGAUGAUAGCAUGUUUGCCGCGCGCACCUCCGAGGGCGGUGUGCAGACCGACGUGGUGGCCGUGGAGAAGGAGGUGCAGAUUGUGCACGUCGACCGCAUCAUUGAGCUCGAGAAGCAGGCUGCCCCUAGGGAUAUGUCAACCGCGGAGACUCAGACGGACAAUGUCGACCCGGAGAUCAAGACCGUGUACGUCGACCGGAUCGUCGAGCUUGAGAAAGAGGUCGAGGUCAAGCCUGAGCCGCAGCCCGCAUCCGAUGCGCCACCCGCGUACGAGGAGGACGAGGAGGAGCGCAUUACGCGUAAGCUGCACCCACACCUCACGCUCAGCCCUAAGGGCAUCUCUCGCGAAGCGCUUGAGGAGUGGCGCAACCUCAAGGAGGAAACCGGCGUCGACUGCCUCGUCAUCGAGCGCCUCCUCGAGUCCGCCGCCGGCUCAUCCUCGUCUUCGGCCGCGUCCACUUCCGACGCGUCUGCACCGCGCCGCCGCAGCCGCUUCUACAACAUCUACAACACGUACAUCUACCCCGAGUCGACGCCCGGCGGACUCAAUCGGCCGCAGUUCUCGUGGAUCCACCUUUCCGUGGGCGUGCUCUCUACGGCGAUCGUGUUCUACCUGUCGUCAGCGGCCCAGGCGCCGCAGUACCAGAUGAUCCCGGGCGGACCGACUGUGUACGACCGCGAGGCGUGGAAUGCGUUCAAUCGGCUUGCGGGCGGCAGCGAGGGCAUGCUCACUAAUGUCGGCGCGGGCGAUGGGACGGAGGCGGUCUGGUCGUUCUUGCGUCGCGGGGUGAACGGCGCUGCUAUGUAUGCGCGCGGCUGGCCGACAUGAGGUGCCCUUGCGACUCUGCUACCUCUCGCUUCCGUGCACGACUUUUCCUUGACCCUGGUUCCGACUCGCCUACGAUCCGACCACUAACGACACCCGCCACGACGCUCAUCUCGAUACCCGACUGACCUAUUAUUGCG